UCGAUCGCACCCGAUUAUCACUCUGUGCAUAGUAUCUAUAUACGUAACUGCUCGCAUCGCAUUCGUAGUGACCUACCAAAUGAGAUAGAAUUGAGGAUUAUGAGCACAGAUAUUUCUAAUACUACGGGCGAAAAUCGGACAAAAGUGAUUGUAUCCACUUGCGAGUCUUCCUCUUGUCGCGAGUCUAGAAACGUCGCCGUCGACAUCCCCGACAUCGCACCGUCGUCGGGACGAAAGUGCUCGUGUCCGUCGAGGCCGUCAACGGCGAUUCGCUGCGCGCCUUUUCGCAGACGGGUAUCCUUCAGUGACACCACCGCCUUCAUUGGGACCGCCGCCGACGAUUAUCGCUGCGCUACGAUUAUGCAAGAUGACGAUCCAAGGAGCUCGUGUCACGAUAAUGGCAGAGAAUCCGAGAGUAAUAUCGCGAGAGAACGGGAAAAGAACUUCGACUACGACAUUUGGCAGGCGGACGAUUCGUCGACCGGUAGAAGCGAUGACGGAUAUUCGGAAAGUACCCCGAGGAUCGAUAAUUACGCGGAAAAUUGUCGCGCAUCCGGUUGCACUUUCGACGAAGGUCAGCGUUCGGAAGAUAUCGAUGAGCAAACGAUCGAGAACGAUUACGGACGCGUGCGAGGAGACUGGAGAGGCGAGGAUGACGUCUGUUCAGCGGUUCGCGCGAUUGAAAAUGAGAAACAGGAAAUAAGAAAAGACGAUAUCGUGUUGAAAUCAAAUGAGAACUUAUUAAAUCACAUUCGCAAAGAUGUAGAUUCGAUCGUUGACGAUGAGCAUCGCAUGCGAGGAGGCUGCGGUGGAUGUUGCUGCGGAGCACGUGAGAACAUUCGGAGGAGUUACGGUGGUUGUUGGGAAGGAUUCUCGCAGCUAAAUGAAUCAUGCGCGUCCAAUCCGAACGUCAAGGCAGCAUCGUGCACCAUGUCGUCGCGUUGUUGGUGUCGUUGCCCUCGAGUCUGCAAGAAAGCAGCGAAAUGCGAAACGCCUCCGUGCACGACAGACGUCCGAAGCUGCAGCGGCGGUAGAUGUUGCGGCGGCGGAUGUCGUUGCGAGAAACCCGGUCAGAUCUGCAUAUCGUCGCCGAAAAUCUGCAGGUCACCAGCUCGUGCAUCGCGUGGAAAAUCACCCUGCGCGUCGCGUUGUCCUUCGCAGUCACCUUGUCCCAGCAGAGGCUGUUGCAGCGGAGCCUUUGAACGUGCAAGGUCGAGCAACUUGAGAUGCCGGUCCAUCAUUGAUAGUGGAUGCUGCAUCAGCGAGAGAGCAAAGUGCGGUAUCGAGGGAGCUUGCUGCCGGCUGAGAUUGCAAUGCGAAUGUCUCGGUGGUGGCCUCGACUGUCGGCGAUGCGGAAGGAAAGUCUACCAGGCUGAGAUGCAAAUCGUUUCCGGAGUACCGUACCAUUCCAUUUGCUUCAGUUGCUUUUGUUGCCGAAAGCCAUUGGAAUCGCUAACUUAUCAGGAGAAUUGCGGCGAGAUUUAUUGCAAACAAUGUUACGUUCGUAAUUUCGGACCGCAAGGAUAUGGUUAUGGUGUGGGAGCAGGCGUACUGCAGACUCCCUUGUGAACUCGUCGAUUAUCUAAUAUCGGUCGCAUAGUCGCAUACGAAAGUAUUCAAGUAUAGUUAUACACAUUUUUUCUCAUACGCUUCUCUGUUUCUUCAUGAUAAUCGUACAAUAUCAAACACGAAUGUUUUUUUGUGGUAUCAUAACGUUUUGUACGUUUCGUAUACACGAUAUUUGGUGGGCGUUUUUUUUUUAAUCGAAUAAAA